AUGGACGUCCUGUUUGUGGCGUUUGCGUCUUGUUUUGUUCCUCUCCAGAUUUCGCAGCGUGGCUUGGCGUGCGCAGACCCACAGAUGGGCUCCCGCUGUCGGACUGAAGGCUUCCUGGAGUCUUUCCCGGCCGUCCACACAAUGACGAGCGUCCACGGAAAAGCAGCUACCGGACACCUCUCACCCCACACCUGCUGCUAUGGUGACGCCGCAGCUGCCGCUCUCCCGCCGCCAAACAUUCCCCACACCUACGCCUCGCUCCGUGUGGAGGUGGAGCUGCAUUGUUCUCCUGGGGCUGAAGCUGGACCGAGCCCUGGACGGGUGGGCUGCAGGUCGAGCUGUGGGCGGGAAAUGGGAUGGGAUUGA